UGUACUUAGUGCAGUCCUGACCCAUGCACUGUGUACUUAGUGCAUGCUGGUCUGCACCUGCCCUUUACAGCACUGCAAUGGUUACAUACCAUGACAGGUGGCGCAGUAAACUUUGGAUAUACUGACCAAUUCCAUGUCACUUUACAGAGGUAUAGGGACCAUAAACUACAAUCAACCCCAAAAUGUCCAAGAAAAGAAAAGUUGAUGCAGAGGGAAGGCAAUUUCAUGAGAGAUGGGAAAGUGAAUACAUGUUUGUGCUUAAUGGAGAGAAGCCGGUAUGUCUAAUUUGCUACGAGGCAGUGGCAGUGAUGAAGGAAUACAAUUUACGCCGGCACUUUGAGACCAAACACGGAGCCAAAUAUGCUAGCUUUAGCCACCAAGAAAAGCAACAAAAGGUCAAAGAGUUAAAAGGCAGCCUGCAUUCUCAACGGAAUAUUUUUUCAAAGAUGACAGCAAAAAAUGAUGCAGCAGUGAAAGCCAGCUUUCUUGUGGCUGAAGAAAUUGCGCGAGCUUCCAAGUGCUUUUCAGAAGGUGAAUUUGUAAAGCAGUGUAUUCUGAAGGUAUGUGAACAGGUGUGCCCUGAGCAGAGACAAGCUUUUAACAAUAUCAGCUUAUCAAGAAACACUAUCAAAGACCGAGUCAGGGACCUAGCGUGGAAUCUUACAACACAGCUGGCUGAAGAAUCAUGCAGUUAUCUGGCGUUUUCAUUAGCUAUUGACGAAAGCACUGACAAUAUGGAUACGGCUCAUCUAGCCAUUUUUGUAAGAGGUGUGAAGGAAGACUUGUCUGUCAGUGAGGAGCUCUUACAUGUGGUAGCCAUGAAAGGAACAACAACUGGAAGGGAUAUCUUUAUUGCAGUGGAGGAAUCCGUAAAUAAAAUGAAGUUACCUUGGGAAAAGAUGGUGGGGUUUACUACAGAUGGUGCACCUGCAAUGUGUGGGGAGAAAACUGGCUUGGUUGGACUGAUAAAAGAGAAGAUGAAAAAGAUUAACAGCCAAAUGCCACUGAUAACGUACCACUGUAUUAUACACCAAGAAGCUCUGUAUGGCAAGGUUCUGUAACUGGAUAACAUAAUGUACACAGUCACGAAAACAGUGAACUUUCUUUGUGCCAGGGGUCUGAAUCACCGUCAGUUCCAACAAUUGUUGAUUGAUUGAUCUUUUUGCAAAAUAAGGCCCCGUACACACGAGAGGAUCCAUCCGCUGGAAUUGAUCCGCGGACCGGCUCCAG